GCGUCCGCACAUCACCUCAGCAACCACUCCCUUAAGCCCUUCCUCGCUCGAAAUGCAAGGCGAAAGCUCUUUGAAAAUGGAAAAGCAUAGGGAUCGUAAGUCCCUUCCGCAGAAAGAAGCGAGACAGGGAGGCAACCGGGCCGUUCUCUUUGUAUAUGCGACUGAAGGGCUAGAGAACAUGGCGUUCGUAUCAAACGCGGUGAGCUUGGUGACCUACUUUUACGGUUACAUGAACUUUGGCCUGACCAAAUCGGCCACCACGCUUACCAACUUCAUGGGGACCUCCUUCCUCCUGGCCCUCUUCGGAGGCUUCAUAUCCGACACCUAUUUGUCCCGUUUCAAGACCUGUGUCCUCUUCGGCUCCAUCGAGUUGAUGGGGUAUGCCCUGCUAGCAGUACAAGCGCACUUCCACCAGCUGAGGCCGAUUCCUUGCAAAGGCGUUGUGCCAGACCAUAUGAGCCAAUGCCACGCUGCCGACGGCACCCAGGCUGCUAUACUCUACACGGGCCUGUACCUAAUCGCGUUCGGGACGAGUGGGGUCAAGGCCGCUCUGCCUUCACUUGGGGCUGACCAGUUCGACGAGAAGGACCCGAAGGAGGCAACCCAGCUGUCCAGCUUCUUCAACUGGUUCCUGUUCAGCCUCACCAUCGGGGCCAUUAUCGGUGUCACUUUCAUCGUGUGGAUAAGCAACAAUCAGGGCUGGGACUGGGCUUUCGGUGUCUGCACCGUCGCUGUUCUGUUCGCCUUGGUGUUUGUGUGCAUGGGGAAGUCUCUCUACAGGAACAAUGUGCCCAAGGGAAGUCCCCUCGUUCGGAUUAUGCAGGUACUAGUAGUUGCCAUCAAGAAGAGAAGUCUCCCAAUCCCAGCGAUGACAGAUGAAUUGCACGAGGUGCAUGACAGAGAACUGGGGGCGAACGAUGAAAUUCUUCCCCGGACAGACCAAUUCCGAUUCUUGGAUCGAGCGGCAGUAGCUCCGAGUCCCGGUAGUGGAUCAACUGCUGAGCCCUGGAGCCUGUGCACAGUGACACAAGUCGAAGAAACGAAGAUAUUGCUCCGCAUGCUUCCAAUCGUACUCAGCACGGUCUUCAUGAACACUUGCCUGGCUCAGCUCCAGACCUUCACGAUCCAGCAAAGCACAACCAUGAACCCCCACAUCGGGAGAUUCAGUGUCCCAGGCCCCUCAGUCCCAGUGAUCCCCCUGCUCUUCAUGUUCAUCCUAGUCCCGAUAUACGACCGCAUCUUUGUCCCCAUUGCCAGGAAAUUCACUGGUAUCCCCACCGGCAUCCGACAUCUACAGCGGAUCGCUGUAGGGCUAGUGCUCUCGGCCAUUUCCAUGGGGGUGGCUGGAGUGGUGGAGACCCACCGCAAGUCGGUGGCAAUCCACCACAACAUGGUGGAUUCCACAGAGCCCUUGCCCAUGAGCAUGUUCUGGCUUGGCUUUCAGUACGCAAUAUUCGGAGCAGCCGAUAUGUUCACUUUAGUGGGUCUGCUGGAAUUCUUCUAUGCAGAGAGCUCAGCUGGGAUGAAGUCACUGAGCACCGCCAUUUCGUGGUCCUCUUUGGCAUUUGGGUACUUCCUAAGCACGGUGGUGGUCCAAGUGGUGAACAAAGCAAGCGGCGGAUGGCUCGCGAGUAACAAUCUGAACCGGGACAAGUUGAACUACUUCUACUGGCUAUUGGCAGGACUAAGCGUUGUGAAUUUUGGGUUCUAUAUGCUGUGCGCAUCUUGGUAUAGAUACAAGAAAGUGGACACGAAAGGAGCAGCAGAUGGUUUGAAUUUGUCAACUGUUGAUUCUAAAGCAAAGGGCUUGACAAGGGGUGAUACUAAUUCAAAGACGAGCAUCACAGCGUAGGCUCUAGAAAUUUAGCUUCACUAAGUUCAUUAAAAUACCAUUGUCCUUUACAUGUCAUAUGGUCCAUGGCUUCAUCACCACCAUUAUACUACUCUCGAACUGUUUCACUC